GCAGGGGAGGCGUGCAAAGACCGGCCUUUCCAGGAGCUCGUCCCCAGGCUGAUUUUAAGCCUCGAGUCUAGCCAGCUCUUUGGACGUUUGCACUGCAGCAUGGACCCUAGGCCAGACCGAGGGAGCCUCGCUGCGUAGAGAAGAAGCGUCCUGUCCUCACGGCACCCACAAUGCUUUGCCGCCCGGGACCGUCCCCGGGGGUGGGGAGCAGGCGGCGUGGCUGCGGCUGCGGCUGUCUCGUGGCGCCGCGCCAGAGAGGAAGAUGUGGGAGUAACAGUUCAUACCCUGGGGUGACAUAUACGGUUGCCUUUAAGCAAGCAGCCUCUGGCUCUUGGGACGCAUUUCUGGAGCCAGAAUCUCAGACUUUUAGCUUUGUUCCGAUGGGAGCCGGAACCGUCAGGGAAACCGCAGCUUGUUUUCUGCGUCCUUAGGGACCCUGCAGGCUGUCAUCUGUCUCUAAUUUGGUGCAGAAAACGGCACAGCCUAGGGUGUAAAGCUUGCCAGGUGAAGGCGAGAAGAUGGGAGUGCACCAGGCUAAUUGGAGGAGGGUUGGUAAAGAACGUUUUCUACGCCCAAAACGAAUCAAGCCGUUGAUUAUGGUAUAAUUCAUUCAUUGUGAGGGCCCGCAUGUGUUUUUUAUUCCCAUCGUAUGUACACUGACCAAAAUGGCACACGUGCUUCUUUUGAAAAAUAACACAGCAAAGUUUUAGGAAGGAAAUAAAAAUCUUCUAUAAUCCCACCUCUUCCAUUUUUCAGAGGCAGGGGAUAUUAUGGAAGAAAGAAAUACGUAUUCACGUUCAAAUGGGGCACUUUUAGUAGCCCACUCAAAAUAAGAGGCGAAAAGCAACCUUGGGUGGUACAAAUCAACAAAAUGUCACAAAGAGAUAACAUCGUGUGAUGUGUAUGAAGAUACUGAUAUGACUUUUUCGUGGACUGAUGUGAUAGUGAAGGCAGGAGACUUGAAAGAGAGCCUCCACAGCAGAGUUUAAGCUCCACAAGAGCAGGGCAUGUGUGUAAUCCUGCCGUUUUCUAGGCACUCCUUUCCGGUGGUAAGGAGUCCUUUCCAAAUAUAAGAGGAAUAAAGAAGUUACUUCCCCUGCUGCCAUCAUCUCCCAACAGACUGAGCAAGAAUAUUUCGAGCGCUACAGCAAAGACAGUCCAUCAAACCCUAGAUGAUGAUCAGCCGUGUGACUUUUUCAAGAAAGGGAAUAGGGUGAAUAAAUCUUAUCAGAAAAGCAGCAAUAUGAAUGCAGGCCCCUCUUGGAAUAAAGGACAGCGUCCAAAGAAUUCAAGAAAAAGGCAGAGUAAAUCCCAAGUCCCCCAUAUCUCGUCCCAGCUGAAAAGCAGUCUCGGAGGAUGUGUCCCCCAACCAACUGAGGAUAAACUGAAGGAAAGCAUUUCCCCGGAAGGAAACCCCAAAAGGAGUCCCCUUGGCUACAGGUGUCGGGGGUCCUCAGGGAACAAGUUGUUUCUGGACUUUCAGACGAUGAAAAUUAUCAAAGAAGAUGCUGGGGAGGACAGCGCCAGUGACCUCUCUGAUUCAGAAAGAAUCCCCGUCCCCCCUUCUCCCCUCACGCCUCCAGAUCUUCAUCUUCGAGCCGAAGAGAUCGAUGCGGCUCACUUCGAUCUGCACCCAGGGCAGGGUCCCACCCAACAGCCCGAAUACUCUUACCCUGACUUCCUCCCGGCCCCGUGUAACUCCUGGGACCUGCGGGACAUGGCUGUGCUCUUGCACUCUGAGCGCAGGACAGAGGCCGUGCCCAGAACCGGGGGGCUGCUGGGGAAGUACAUCGACAGGCUUGUCCAGCUCGAGUGGCUGCAGAUCCAGACUGUCCAGUGCGAGAAAGGAAAGGGGGCCAAGGCGAGGCCUCCCACUGCCCCUGGGACCUCGGGGGCUCUGAAAAGCCCUGGGAGAAGCAAGCUGAUUGCCAACGCUCUGUCCAGGCCUCAGCAGGAAGGGCCUCCGAAGUCAGGCCCUUCACGAAAGAAAGACGUGCACCGCGAAGAAGUCCAUCCAUCCUAUUACACAUGUGAGGCUUCCACCAAACCCCUCGAUGUGCUGGAUAGCAGCAGACUGUGUUCUCAGAAGCAAACCCUGGACGUGCAGACAGAGGAGAAGAAAAAGAAAUCCAACAAGAGCUCCAAGCUGCAGCACUGGGAUCUGUCCUGUGGGGACAGCGGUGACCCUAAGAUCAAGACCAGUGUGAACCUUCGCCUUCCCAGGCAGCCAGCGGUUAUCGGGGACUCCACGGACACCUACAAGGCCUCCAGAGCGCCAGCACAUGCAAGUCUUAAGCAAAAGGGAAAUGCAAAUAAUUGUGCUCGAGCCACUGUAUCCAGCGAGAAAAAGCUCAAAACAAAUGGAGUAAAACAAAACACACACAAAUUCAAAUCAUAACUGAGACGAUGAAUUGCAAGGACCUGCAGGUGCCUCAAUAUUAGAGCUCUUCCAAAAGUUACAAUACUGUGAAUUUUAAGAGACUUUGGGAUUACUGACACUGAAGAGGUUGACCAGUUCUUUAGUCCACGCCACGCCCACCCAAGCCACAACAGGGUCGUUUCCAAAGAAGGGUGUCUUUCAGUAACCAUAUUUUGCGUUGACAGUCUUAGGCAAAUGAGAGCCCUUCAGAUAAAAAUUAACCAAGGUCUGUGCCGUAUAAAGAAAUAAAACGACAGCUCUCCAAGGGAAGAGUGGACUAAACUUCUGAAACCUCAGCCAGGCCACGUACAGCGCAGGUAAAUUAGUGCGUACUGCUUCAAACGGUGUAGAAUCCUGAAGGUCUGAAAUAGGGCUCUCUGCAUCCUUAUCCUAAACUAUUCAAGCAGAAGGUCCGGGCAUCUCACUCCUGGGGAAGCUUCGGCUCUUCCUCGAGUUACGGAGCAGCUAUUAUGAGCAAAGUCAUUUAUCACUAAGCUGCCUGCUCCUUCCAGACAGUGGAAUCUAGUGCUUUCAAACACUUUCCCUGAUAUGCGUUUAAAAAAAACAAGGCCGGGCUUCCCUGGUGGCGCAGUGGUUGAGAGUCC